AUGGUCUCCAGUGACCCAUUGAAAAACUCUUCAAAACAAAUCAACGACGCCCAAGCAUUCGCACGAGGACAUGACGAAAUCACCAACCGUGCAGCCCUCCGUGCCGGUCUCAAAAACCUCGAAAACAGUGGCGUCUUUCCUUUAGCACUCAAAGUUGGCGGCCAAACACCCACCGACAAACUAAGCCAAUAUACACACACCAAAAACCAACACAAUGGCAACUCCCAAACCACUCAAGUAAGCCAACAAGACAACGACCAUGAUACAAACAACAUGGCUACUAUGAACAUCAAUGACAUCAGCCUAUCAGCAACUCUCUAUCGUACAAUGACAUAG